AUGGAUACAUUUGACGUGUCCACCAUGGGCACUGCCCUUGAGGAUGUUACACACGCGCAAAACGCCAAAAAGGCUGAAGCUGCCAGUACUGCUCGCGAAAAAGGAUGGGUCGAGCCGGAGGGCUACGACUACUCCAAGUACAAUACAGCCCCUCCUGGACCUCCUCUCGCCAACCCUGGUGAGGGCACUGAGCCAGAACAGCGACAGCAGGAACUUCCCGAGUGGGCGGCCAACGCAGCAAAAUACGAAUGGAAAGAUGAGUACGGUGACGUUGGCCCUGUCAACCCACAGCUCGAGGAGAUGCUGUUUCGGAGUGAACUCAUUAAUCGAACUGGUCUCAAGAUUGGAAAUCUACAAAACAUCGAGGUUGUUGCUGAAAGCCGUGAGCGUCCCAACCCAAUCAAGAGUUUCGACGAUGCCGGGCUGCAUCCUAUUGUGCGUGAUAACGUCAAGCUCUGUCACUACGAUAUUCCGACCCCAAUUCAGGCGUACGCGAUCCCUGCUGUCAUGACUGGGCAUGACCUCAUCGCCGUUGCUCAGACUGGUUCCGGAAAGACCGCAGCCUUCUUGAUCCCCGUCCUGUCGAAAUUGAUGGGCAAGGCAAAGAAGCUUGCUGCUCCACGUCCGAACUUGGCGGACGGGUUUAACCCCAUCAUUGAUGCCGUCCGUGCAGAACCCCUGGUCUUGAUCGUUGCGCCUACCAGGGAACUGUCGACGCAGAUAUUCGAUGAAGCACGCCGACUCUGCUAUCGCUCUAUGUUGCGUCCUUGCGUUGUGUACGGCGGUGCCCCCGUGCGUGACCAGAGAGACGAGCUGCAGAAAGGUUGCGACAUUCUCAUUGGCACACCUGGAAGACUUUUGGAUUUCAUGGAUAAGCCUCAUAUUCUGUCUCUCCGCCGUGUGAAGUACACUAUCAUCGACGAAGCAGAUGAACUUCUUCUUGCGGACUGGGAGUCUGACUUCAACAAGAUUAUGUCGGGUGGAGAUAUGAACGAGGAUGCGGACCACCGUUACAUGAUGUUUUCCGCCACAUUCAACAAGGAAUGCCGUCAGUUGGCCCGCAAGUUUCUGGCUGAUGACCAUGUUCGUGUUCGUAUUGGACGUCCUGGCAGCACUCACAUCAAUGUAGACCAGACUAUUGUCUACUCCGAAGAGCAUCUCAAGAAGCAGUGCCUCUAUGAUCUGCUUCUGGCGAUGCCCCCUUCUCGUACCCUGAUCUUUGUCAAUUCCAAAGCACAGGCUGAUCACUUGGAUGACUACCUGUACAACAUGGGCUUGCCCAGUACGUCCAUACAUUCAGAUCGUACUCAACGCGAGCGCGAGGAUGCCUUACGUGCUUUCCGUACUGCCAAAUGCCCCAUCCUCGUCGCGACAGGGGUUUCGGCUCGUGGUCUUGAUAUCAAGAAUGUCAUGCAUGUUGUCAACUACGACCUUCCUCGCCAGGCCCACGGCGGUAUCGUUGAGUAUGUCCAUCGCAUUGGACGUACUGCCCGUAUUGGGAACGAAGGACUCGCUACCUCCUUUUACAAUCACGACCGCGACUCGGAUCUCGCCCCUGAUCUUGUUCGGCUUCUUCUUGAAACCAAACAGAAAAUACCUGACUUCCUGGAGUCCUACAAGCCUGGUGAUGGUGAGAAUCUCUUUGAGGACGACACCGACGAUGAGGACGGAGAAAGCGGUAGCGACAAUGCGAACGAGGGCGCUGGGAGUAGCACCUGGGGUGGAAUUCCCAUGGGUGACACUGAAGAUGCCCCGGCCGCUGCCGUCGACUACGACUUCUAG